UAGCACGGGGGUAUGUUCCACAACUGGGAGGACUUCAUCUGCCUGGAUUCAUUCAAUAUCACCAGCUGUCUCCCAUUUGUUUGUUGGGAUAUAGUUUCUAUUACGACUCACCAUUUCGACAACAAUCUGAUUCGCAUCUCCGUAUGGCAUGAGUCCAGCUAAUGAGCCACGCCCGGCCAUGCGAAAACGCCCGGAAUUGUACACGAGGAUAAGAUCACAGCCUCCUUUUUCAACACUUUUGGCGGAGAGCCCAAUGCCUGAAAGUUCAUUAGACAUGUUGGAAGGGGUAUAUGUACUCGCCAACAAUUAUUUCAUCCCUAGAAAUUGUAUCCCUGAGUCUUUGAAGGACCUCCGCUCGUGUUGUUGGGCGAGGCAUAGCUAGCUAGCUGCUGCGACAGGAUCUUCUAAAUAAUGCUAAGGCGGGGCCGUGAAAUCUCAACGCAAACAGAGACCGCUGUCUAGUUGAUUAGCGAACAAACGGACACAGAACGGCUGACAAUAGAUUGAUGAGAUGUUUUCCAGGGAGACUGCAGCGGAUAAUUGCAAGUGCCAUGGAGAAUAGAGCUUUAUGCUCAACCAACAUACAUACAAUCAUGUUGCACAAUUAUUAUUAAGCAGAUUUCUUCCCCUCAACCCCGCAAGUCAAGUCACUCAAGUCAUUUUCCAUCGACGACGAACUUUGUAACUCGCGUCGCUCUGCGGGUUGAAGCAUAGUACAAACUGUGCAACAACAGCGUUUAUAUUUCGGAAGAACACCUUUACGUGGGUAAGACAGAUUUACUUGUAUCUAUCUAUGCUUGCUUUGUCUGCACGGCGUAUGAUGCUUUCCUAUAUGGAGUAGGGCAGUUCGUGAUUUAAUGAAAGGAGAGGUCUAGUGGCCUACUGCUUAAAUUAUAAAUUGGGCACCUUUCGAAUUCUUCCAUUAAAAUUUCAAACCCCCUGCUACUCCUGGACGCCCAACUGCAUCCUGAGGAGCGCCAGCCUAUCUUAUCUCGCGAGGUGCACAUCCGUGAAAAUGGCAGACCGCCAGCCCCUUGCUAGUACUAUCGCCAUAAUUGGGACCUGCGAUUCGAAGCUUGAUGAACUGCUAUUCCUUCGUGAUCGGAUAUUGGAACGCAAUCAGUGCAAAACAUUACUGAUUGACGUGGGACGAAACCCGUGUCAGCAUGAAUCAAUCGAUGUGAAGAAUACCGACCUUAUUAAUGCUGCCACACCAUCUUCACAGGGAGGUAGAGGGACAGACAUUCUACCGCUCUCCAGAACGGAGUAUAUCAAGUACAUGAUAAAAUGUGCCAGCUCCUAUAUCCAAGGCCUGUAUUCUCGCGGGACGAUUCACGGAGCCGUCUCAAUUGGCGGUUCUUGCGGAACUUCUCUUGCAUCUGGUGCGAUGCGAAAUGCGUUACCAGUUGGGUUCCCCAAGUUGAUAGUUUCAACGAUGGCGAGCGGAGAUGUGAAGCCUUUCAUAGAGGAGACGGAUAUCACGAUGAUGUAUAGCGUCGUUGAUAUAGCAGGCACCAACUCGAUAUUGAACCAUAUACUUGCAAAUGCUGCCGGAGCCAUCGACGGCAUGGUCACAUCCCACAGGGCGUACAUAGACAAACCGGUUGCAGCUAGCACGAAACGGAUUGGCGUGACAAUGUUCGGAGUUACAACUCCAUGCGUCGACCUAAUCCGGCUUCACCUGGAGAGUAAAUAUAACUACGAGGUCUAUGUCUUCCAUGCUACAGGCGCCGGUGGCAGGGCCAUGGAGCGGCUCAUUCGAGAAGGGAAAAUCGAUGCCGUUGUCGAUGCGACUACGACGGAAAUCGCAGACGAGUUAUUUGGCGGCAUUCUUUCCGCUGGCCGUGACCGUCUGCGCGCAGCCGCCGAGGCUGGAAUCCCGCAGGUGGUCAGCGUAGGCGCCUGCGAUGUCAUCAAUUUUGGGCCGAGAAACACAGUUCCCGAAAAGUUCGCUACUCGCAAACUCCACGAGCACAACCCUACAGUCACCUUAGCCAGGACUAGCGAAACCGAAUGCGCUCAGAUUGGAGAAUUUAUUGCGACACAACUUCGCAACCACGUUGUCAAUCCAAAACUCGUCGAGGUCAUUCUGCCCACUGGGGGCCUUAGCCUCCUGUCGACCCCUCACGGUCCGUUCGAUGAUCCCAGCGCUGAUAAAGCUCUUUUGGACGCGUUGGAGUCCGGGCUAGAAUCAAGCGGUAUCAAAGUGUUAAAGAAUGAAAGAGACAUCAACAAUGGAGAAUUUGCUGUGUUGCUAGCUGAGUCCUUGGUCUCACUGAUUCGGGCGCAAUCCUAAUAUUAGUCUGAAGUAAAUGAGGGAUGUUGUAAUGCCUUCACGGUGCUAGUGUUUCCUUCCAAUUUCAGCUCUAAUACUUUUUUUUUUUUUUUUUUUUUUCUUCCCUAUAAUUCUCUUUUCCGGGAGGGCAUUUUCGGUUUAGUUAAUAUAUUCACCAUCUUAGGCGGCUCAUACCUUGUUUCCCAAUGAAUCCAGGAGAACAGACCAUAACUUGACAUUUUCAUGGCGCAUAAGGGAGAGAUACGGGGGGAAAUAUAGCAUUCCCUCGUAGAUAUUUGCAGUUCUGUAAUGAAAUUGCGUUGAAAACCGAAUGCUCAACAAACACACGUGGUCUAGCCCGGAACAUCGACGGCCCGAAUGCUUGGCAGCAAAGCGGGAUAAUUCAG